GGGUCGUGCCCGACUUGAAUAGAGUUCAAUUUCAAGUGAAUCCGGAUUAACCCAUGGAUAUACGGGUCCUCUCACAAAAAUAGUACGGCACAAUCAGGUUCCGGUUUGUUCCACAAUUUCAGCCGUGUGAUCAGCUUCCACUGAGAAUUCAAAUUGGGUAGUUAAUUAUGAUCUCCUGCACAGUCUCGACAAGGUCGUAUUGUUCGAGUAUCGUUGUAUGAUGGACAAGUAUGGUUUGAAGCGGCCUCCUCUAUCUCCACUGUCACCGUCGUCUAUACAACGAGGACAAAGGAGGCGUAUUCCUGCUAAUGAGUCUAGCGAUGGGUAUGGAAGCCGGGUUUGCAAAGAGAAUCAACACCCAAAUCUAACUGCACAAAAAAGUACUCCUGGAGGUACCCCGUUUACUCUGAGUAAUUCAAUAAAAUAAAAAUAGAAGCAAAUUGAUCAUCACUGGGAAUUAGCACUGAGAAUUGGCGAUAAAAAUUCACAGGCUAAUAGUGGAACCUCUUUCGGUACUACUCAGGAUUUUUGCACUCCUUCGCAAAGGAGGUUGCGUGAUGUUGAUUUAUCUGGUACUAUAUUUAGAUUUCCAGACAAACAGUCUCCCAUGACACGACAACUCUUUGAAAAUAAAAAUAGUAAUCAAAAUGUGGUUUUUCACCUGUAACCCAUCGAACACCCCUGGCCAGGCUUAUGGAGAUGCAGUCAAGUAAGCAAACCAGGACUGGCCAUUUUCAACUCCCCGCUUCUAACAUCUUGCCACGCUCAGUGCAUGAUCCAAAGGCAAGUGCACAACACCUCCGCAACCACGUUCAUCAGAGUAAGUACAAUUCAGACUGUACGAUUCAGUGAAGACACACGACUUGGAUAAUUGAUACAAAAUUUGUGGACCUCUUUGUACUUCAGGUAUUCGCAAUGAUGCUUCAAGGACAAUAAGCCUAAUUCAUAAUCACAGCAUUGACAGUACUUCAAAAGGGAAAGCGCAUAAUGGCGUUGAUUCGAGGUCUCAAAGUGGUAAGGAUGACGAUGUAACAGUGAUUGUUCCCGAGCCAGGACAGCUAGGUGUGAAAACUCCAGAAUGGUUUCAGAGUGACUCACAACGUGGAGUCAGGAAUCUGAUGGAGUCCUUCAACUCAGCAUGUACAACCGAAGCCGGAACAUCAGCCACACGAGGAGCUCCACCUAUGACUGGCAACAAUUCAUCACAAACAGAAGAAGGUUCCCCGCAUUUCUACAAAUUAAACAAUCAGAUAAAAUCAGAACUAUACCUGGAGUUGUUGGAGUAUUUUCUUUAUCUGCUUGGGUUGGAUAGUUCAGUAAACCUUUUUUGAAAAGAGUGGAUACAUUCGGCCCACGGUGCCUGGGAACCGAACAUGAUUUCCCUUUUUCUGAAAAGUGUAAAUUGAAACCUUAAUAUUAGAUCUGCAUUGCAAUGCAAGGUCCACCCCAAUUCACAUACCACAUGUGCAGAGAAUGUUAAAACAGGCUUUCAUCUCUUCGUACCUCAUCCAAGAAACUGUCAAAAGGAUCUCCUGAUUUUAUUGCCGAGAUUGUGCCAAAGAGAAAUCAUUCUGUGCCGGGUAGCGUGUUAAUUGAUCUUCCCCCUCAAAGCAGUAUUAGGAGUUUCCAUAUUUCUAUUGGAUAAUCACAUGAUUGUUGCAAUGGUAGCUUUCCUCGGGUUGCCACCUCUAUUCUCGGUCAAUCGACAAGAUAUGCAUCCGUUCCCGGUUGUAUUGUGAUCUUCCAAUUAGAUGGUAAGCAAACCAGGACUGGCCAUUUUCAACUCCCCGCUUCUAACAUCUUGCCACGCUCAGUGCAUGAUCCAAAGGCAAGUGCACAACACCUCCACAACCACGUUCAUCAGAGUAUUCGCAAUGAUGCUUCAAGGACAAUAAGCCUAAUUCAUAAUCACAGCAUUGACAGUACUUCAAAAGGGAAAGCGCAUAAUGGCGUUGAUUCGAGGUCUCAAAGUGGUAAGGAUGACGAUGUAACAGUGAUUGUUCCCGAGCCAGGACAGCUAGGUGUGAAAACUCCAGAAUGGUUUCAGAGUGACUCACAACGUGGAGUCAGGAAUCUGAUGGAGUCCUUCAACUCAGCAUGUACAACCGAAGCCGGAACAUCAGCCACACGAGGAGCUCCACCUAUGACUGGCAACAAUUCAUCACAAACAGAAGAAGGUUCCCCGCAUUUCUACAAAUUAAACAAUCAGAUAAAAUCAGAACUAUACCUGGAGUUGUUGGAGUAUUUUCUUUAUCUGCUUGGGUUGGAUAGUUCAGUAAACCUUUUUUGAAAAGAGUGGAUACAUUCGGCCCACGGUGCCUGGGAACCGAACAUGAUUUCCCUUUUUCUGAAAAGUGUAAAUUGAAACCUUAAUAUUAGAUCUGCAUUGCAAUGCAAGGUCCACCCCAAUUCACAUACCACAUGUGCAGAGAAUGUUAAAACAGGCUUUCAUCUCUUCGUACCUCAUCCAAGAAACUGUCAAAAGGAUCUCCUGAUUUUAUUGCCGAGAUUGUGCCAAAGAGAAAUCAUUCUGUGCCGGGUAGCGUGUUAAUUGAUCUUCCCCCUCAAAGCAGUAUUAGGAGUUUCCAUAUUUCUAUUGGAUAAUCACAUGAUUGUUGCAAUGGUAGCUUUCCUCGGGUUGCCACCUCUAUUCUCGGUCAAUCGACAAGAUAUGCAUCCGUUCCCGGUUGUAUUGUGAUCUUCCAAUUAGAUGGUAAGCAAACCAGGACUGGCCAUUUUCAACUCCCCGCUUCUAACAUCUUGCCACGCUCAGUGCAUGAUCCAAAGGCAAGUGCACAACACCUCCACAACCACGUUCAUCAGAGUAUUCGCAAUGAUGCUUCAAGGACAAUAAGCCUAAUUCAUAAUCACAGCAUUGACAGUACUUCAAAAGGGAAAGCGCAUAAUGGCGUUGAUUCGAGGUCUCAAAGUGGUAAGGAUGACGAUGUAACAGUGAUUGUUCCCGAGCCAGGACAGCUAGGUGUGAAAACUCCAGAAUGGUUUCAGAGUGACUCACAACGUGGAGUCAGGAAUCUGAUGGAGUCCUUCAACUCAGCAUGUACAACCGAAGCCGGAACAUCAGCCACACGAGGAGCUCCACCUAUGACUGGCAACAAUUCAUCACAAACAGAAGAAGGUUCCCCGCAUUUCUACAAAUUAAACAAUCAGAUAAAAUCAGAACUAUACCUGGAGUUGUUGGAGUAUUUUCUUUAUCUGCUUGGGUUGGAUAGUUCAGUAAACCUUUUUUGAAAAGAGUGGAUACAUUCGGCCCACGGUGCCUGGGAACCGAACAUGAUUUCCCUUUUUCUGAAAAGUGUAAAUUGAAACCUUAAUAUUAGAUCUGCAUUGCAAUGCAAGGUCCACCCCAAUUCACAUACCACAUGUGCAGAGAAUGUUAAAACAGGCUUUCAUCUCUUCGUACCUCAUCCAAGAAACUGUCAAAAGGAUCUCCUGAUUUUAUUGCCGAGAUUGUGCCAAAGAGAAAUCAUUCUGUGCCGGGUAGCGUGUUAAUUGAUCUUCCCCCUCAAAGCAGUAUUAGGAGUUUCCAUAUUUCUAUUGGAUAAUCACAUGAUUGUUGCAAUGGUAGCUUUCCUCGGGUUGCCACCUCUAUUCUCGGUCAAUCGACAAGAUAUGCAUCCGUUCCCGGUUGUAUUGUGAUCUUCCAAUUAGAUGGUAAGCAAACCAGGACUGGCCAUUUUCAACUCCCCGCUUCUAACAUCUUGCCACGCUCAGUGCAUGAUCCAAAGGCAAGUGCACAACACCUCCACAACCACGUUCAUCAGAGUAUUCGCAAUGAUGCUUCAAGGACAAUAAGCCUAAUUCAUAAUCACAGCAUUGACAGUACUUCAAAAGGGAAAGCGCAUAAUGGCGUUGAUUCGAGGUCUCAAAGUGGUAAGGAUGACGAUGUAACAGUGAUUGUUCCCGAGCCAGGACAGCUAGGUGUGAAAACUCCAGAAUGGUUUCAGAGUGACUCACAACGUGGAGUCAGGAAUCUGAUGGAGUCCUUCAACUCAGCAUGUACAACCGAAGCCGGAACAUCAGCCACACGAGGAGCUCCACCUAUGACUGGCAACAAUUCAUCACAAACAGAAGAAGGCGGAACAUCAGCAAGAUUGGAUGAGAACUUCGAUGGAGCCGAAGGUGAUGAAGCGGUCCAGGAUGAAGGCCCAGGGCCUACCACCUUCCCUGUGUACUUGAAGCUUCAAGUAAAUACACUUCAAGAUCUUAAAUUGUUGUUUGAUUGUAGAGGACACUAUGUGCGCGAUGACCUGAGUGAUACUAAAGAAGCUAAACCAGAUCUGUGGGAUGGGUAUAUGAAUCUUGGACCACCACCCAGUGUCUGUCGCAAGUGCAAUUCUAUCAUGUGGAACGAGGAGCGUAAUAACAAAAGCCGGCGCAAUAGUGAGCCUAUAUUUUCGCUGUGCUGUAGAGAUGGUCAGAAUCAAACAAGUACCGAGUUUCCUGAAGAAAUUAGAGCUAUAACAGGCAAAGAGCUCAGGCUUAAGUUGCUUAUCAGUGAAGAUAAUGUUAAGGUGAAUAGCAGACUGUUUUUUGCUGUGGACGCCGUUGAUGCAGAUGCUCCUGUCUCUGCUAUUUGCUCGGUGUCGGGUACAUCGAGUACAACGUCCUCUAUUACCAAUAGUUCUGCCGUGAAACAUUUAGAAGAGACUGAGACACCAUCAACCUCAAUAUCUUCUACCAAGAGGGUGAAAGUGGAACUGUGAGUUCCACUGCUGCUAAUAAAAGGUGGAUCCAUUUGCUGCGUCCCACGCUUUGCAUGAGAAGCUCUCCCUUGGAUCCUCCCAUUUCGUUGCUGCUAUCCAGUUUCUAUUAUUAUUCUCUGCUCAAUGGAUAUUGUUAAACUUAGUUGUGUUUGUCUAAGGAUUUCUAUUUUUAAUUGGUGUUUCUCUAAGGAUUUCUAUUACUUAUUGGUGUUUGCCUAAGGAUUUCUAUUAUUAUUAAUAAGUUCCAUUUGCAAUAA